GCGCAGCCGCUCUUUGGACUGGAUCUCAAUGGGGCACCAGAAGAGUCUCCAUUUCGUGAUAGGGAUUUGUUUGCUAUAUUGAAAAAUAUUGAAAGAGGAUUGUUGCGUAUUUUGUUGUUUACAAUUUGUAACAGACGCAAAGGGAAUGCGCUCUGUUAGUAGAUUCAUCUGGCAAGUCAGAUCUAGCUUAAGUAACAUGUCUGAGGUGGUUAAAAAUGGCAAACCCAUCGCCACACGUCCUGGAGUGGGACUUGGGGUUAUUGUGACAGAUUCGUGCAACCCAGGAUGCAUUCUGUUGGGAAAAAGAAAAACCAUAGUGGGAAAAGGUAAAUACCAGUUACCAGGAGGUCAUAUUGAAUUCGGAGAAACGUGGGAGGACUGUGCACAGAGAGAGGUGAAGGAGGAAGCUGGUGUUCAUCUGAAAAACAUCUGCUUCGCAUCUGUCGUCAACUCCAUCAGACUGGAAGAAAACUAUCAUUAUAUCACAAUCUUCAUGCAGGGAGAGCUGGACAGGCCUUUAUCCGCUGAACCAGUCAAUCUGGAACCUGAGAAAAAUGAAGGUUGGGCAUGGACACGAUGGGAGGAGUUUCCACCUGAAGAACAGCUUUUCCUGCCGUUGGCUAAUUUAAGACAGCAGGGCUUCCGGCCUUUCAGAACGAGUUAAAUGGAUUUUCUGUCAUCAAGAAAUUAACCUUGAAACAGUUUUUAAACCUGAUUCAGAGUCAGGUGGCCUGAAGUGAAAAUGCAUUGCUUGCUCUGUUGAGCUGAACCAUCAUUCUGAAGAAAAUCUUCACUGACCUCAUGUACUGAGAUGCAUUUGUUUUCGGAGUGACUGAUGCAACUAUUGACGUGACUCAUCAAACACAGGAUUAAAUGUUGUAAUCACACCUUUAAAGAUUUGAAAGAUUUAACAUGCAUAAUUAAGUGAGGUUGAUCAUAGUUAUAAUACUCUUAAGCUUCUUGGUGAUUUAUUUUUCACACUGCGUGACACAUGCUAGUGAUGGAAACUGGGAUGCAUUUUAAAAAGUGUUUUUACAUUGAAAUGUGUUGUCUGAUCAACCUCAGACAUGUUUUUGUAAUCAUACUGCAAUCAUUUCUUAACCUAUAAUCUUUUACUACCUAAUUGAUGAACAAUAUAUACUUAAAUAAUGAUGAAAAGGAUUCAAUAUGCAGUGAUUAUAUUACAUCACAUGGUGGAAACAGCGCCUCUGCCGGUCGUGUAAAUACAGUACAGCCCAAAUAUGUCAUAAUGUUAUACUUCAAAAAGUAGAAUAAAAAUGAUAUAAAUGUGGGAGAAAGUGCC